CACUAAUUACCUUUAAACGCGCGAAAGUCAGAGAAGGCACCGGAGCCACUAUCCCAGCAGAGCACCAGCAGGCCGUCGUCCCCAAGUCUUCCAAAAGCCUUCGCCUUCGCCGCCAACAUGCAGGUCUACCAGGCUGUUUUUGGAGCCGCCGUGCUCGGCAUGCUGUUGGCCCUCGGAGGCACCCUUCCGGUGCUGGAUGCCAGUUCGGGCAUCGACAACGCCACCAUCGAGGAGCUGAGGGCCAGCGUCAACGACACGCCCAAGAAUCUCUACGUGGUCAAGGCGGUGGUCUACGAGAUCGGCAUCCUGACCGAGGUGGACGAGAACGACACCAGCUUCGAGAGCCAGGAGCGGGUGGACCUCACCUUCUACGAUACGCACAGCAACAAGAGCCACAUCGACCUGGGCAACAUCCCGCUGCCCAUCCAGACGAACGUCACCGGCCAAGUGCUCACCGGAAUCGCACCCGUGAACCUGGGAGCCUUCAGCAGUCCCCAGGAGCUGCUGGAGACCCUGCCCCUGACCGGGAGCAUCGUGAACAUCACGCACAGCGACACCGCCUUCUACCAGCUGAGCAGGUCCAACACCAGCGCCGCCGACAAGCCGCAGAUCCUCGACCAGGACGCGCUGGCCAAGCUCACCCACGCGGCCCAGCUGUUCCCUCCCUCCUCGCAAAUCGGACAGUCCGUGCCGGUUAACCCCGCCGCCGACAACGAGGUGGCUCAGGCGGAGCCCGAGGACUAGAAGCUCCAUCGCCCCCGAAUCAUCGUCAUCAUCGUGAUGCAGUGCGUUGCUCUCCACUCAACCUACAAUAGGUGUAAUCUAGAUGUACUUAGUUUUACGGCUUCACACACUCGAGUACCUACAGUGCUAGAAAAGACUGGACGCGGACAGGUCAGGACGGAUCGGCACGAAGGCCUUGGUCCCAUCACAAGGUUGGAAAUUCACUUUUCGUUUGUAAAGUAAAAAUAAACUUCGCAUUAGUGCUAGGCAAA